CCGGCAGCUGGUGGUCCCGCUCACCACGGUGUCCCAUGCAUAUUUAAUGCUUCCCGAGCGCGUAUCGUGGUGGUGCGUCCGUCUCUCCGGUACCUGCUCACUUGUUACGGUCUUGAGCUUCGGUAUCGGUGUCGCAAUUUCGUUUCGGAUACGCGGGGGGUGAACGGGGUCGUCGUCGUUAUCGGGGCCGAGUUUCCGUUCGGAGUUCCCGGACAUGGUGUUAAAAGCACUCGUCAUUUCCGGGGGUUAAAUACGCGGAAGAAUCGUGUUGAUAUACCUACCAUCGAGAAACUAUGACAGUGGCUAAAAACGGAGGGUAAUAAUAGGCGGAGAGUGACGUAGCAGAGCUAAGGAACAGGCGAUGCGGCGGCUGGCAGACGCGGCGGCCCUCGGCAAGGGCCCCGGCCGCCAGGUCAGCGCCACUUGAACGAGGCACGAAGAGGACCAAUGAGCAGGGCGCGGGAUGGGCUCGUCCUGGCUCGCGGCCCUGCUGCUCACGGUAACGGUGUCCACGUUGUCCGGAGCUAACCCGACCUCGGCAUCGACGUCCCCAUCUGAUCCCGAAGGAUCCUAUCUCGAGAAGGCCAGCAUAGAGGAGGCCCUGACGGUGAUCGAGGCUGCGUCCACCGGAUCCCUCGGGGAAGCUUGCGCCACCGGUUCCGGCUACAAGUCCCUCCUCGCCGCCCUGGAUCCUCGCCGGUACGACACGGCUCGUCAAAAGGCCGACAUGGCUGCCAUGAUGCUCCAAGACCUGGGUGUCGCUCGCCACAACACUCUCCUGGACGCCGUCGCACGGUCGCUUCUCGCCUCCGUCGACGACGCCGUCGCCACCAAAGUCGUUGCGUUGAACGCAUCGACAGGGGUCAUCGUUGGGUCCACGUGGUGGGAACGGGCCCCCGGGGGUAUGGGUGAGCCCCUUCGCUCCCGGGAUGAGAACCACGCUCUCCAGUCUGGUUCCCGACCGGAUCCGAAGCUUCCCUGGUUCGAGGACGCCGACACGAGUCCUGGGCUCAGGUCGCCGAAGUUCAUGCAGUCACCAGCGAUUGAAUCCUACAGGGGAUGGUGGACCCUUCCGUACUUCUCAUGCAAGGAACACCGCUGGCUCAUCUCCUACAGCGUCAGCGUCCCUCCUCCGAAUCGCCAUGGGAUCCGGGAUUUCCUCAGCAUGGACGUCGACGUGAGUGACCUGGAGGUGAACCAGUGUGACCUGGAGCAGACGACGCACGAAGAAGCAUCCUCUGAAAAUCAAAUUGCGUCUUUUCGGGGGACCCACAAGUGCCAUUCGACGACACAGUGCGAGUAUCAGAGUCCUGCAAGCAGAGUUAAUGGAAAGACGGUUGGUGCCGGGUGGAUGAAGGGUGCCUACGUCUGCAGAUGUCGUCCAGGGUUUUAUACAGCCGGGCAUCAUCAGUCUGGGUUUAAUGGGACUCUCGUGGAGGCUGCGUGGAAAGAGAUGAAAGAGAACAAGACCGACCUCUACGAGCGGGUUUUCCGGUGCUUGGCCUGUGCACCAGGAUGCAGUUCGUGCAAAGGCCCGGAACCUUGUCUGGCCACCUAUAAUUGGCCUUUUAGGAUCGCUCUGCUCACCGUGUCGGUCUCCUGUGCCUUUGGAACCGUCGUUCUGGUCGGUUAUAUGUACCAGCAUCGGAAACUCAAGGUUUUUAAGGUCGCCUCGCCAAUUUUCCUCUCCAUCACGCUGCUCGGCUGCGCCAUAAUGUAUUUAGAGAUGGCUGCAAUUUUUCCCGUCUUGGAUAUCUAUUCUUGUAUCGCGACUAAGUGGAGCAGGCAUCUUGGCUUUUGCAUCACGUACACGGCGCUUCUAAUGAAGACGUGGAGAGUGUCUCUGACCUACCGAGUAAAAAGUGCACACAAGGUAAAACUCACGGACAAGCAGCUCCUCCAAUGGAUGGUUCCGAUCCUCCUGGUGAUGCUGAUCUAUUUGGGAACCUGGACUCUGAGUGCGCCACCGAUUGCCGAAGUGAUCGCCGACAGCCACGGUCUCCUCUUUAAUCAAUGCUCUUUCAACUGGUGGGACCACAGCAUGGCUAUCGGUGAGGUAAUCUUCUUGGCUUGGGGUAUCAAGGUCUGCUACAACGUCCGGAAUGCCGAGAGCCUCUUCAACGAGGCGCGUCUCAUCAGCUAUGCGAUAUACAACAUCGCGGUAGUCAACACUGCCAUGGUCGCCAUUCACCUGUUCAUAUUUCCGCAAGCGGGACCGGACAUAAAGUACCUUUUGGGAUUCGCGCGUACUCAACUUUCGACUUCGGUGACGGUGUUCCUGGUCUUUGGCCCGAAGGUCCUCCGAGUACUUCGCGGUCAAGGAGACCAGUGGGACAGUAGAGCCAGAGGAAGAGCGGGAGUCAGCGCCAGUUUCUCGUUAAACGGCAUCGGCCUGGUCCCAGAGGAAGCGGCGGACCUCACCCAGGAGAACGAGGAGCUCAAGGAAGAAAUCCAGAAAUUGGCGGCCCAAAUUGAGUUCAUGAAGAUCGUCCACAUGGAGAUGCACAACAGGCACAUCAAGCCCAAGGCUGGGGGAUACUUCAGCACGCCAGGUCACGGUCAUCCCUCGUCGGCGCAGAGUCCAAUCGCCAAAAGUUCGACAGCCAGUUUUAUCCUGAAGGCUCAACAUUUUUGCCAAAGCGCGGUCGAGCGCGGGGCGACAGCAGCGGCCGCUGCGGCUGUCGAGGACUCCACCUUUCCCUCGGGGAGUCUGCACAGGGCUCGUCGUCGGGAGAUGCGGAAGGAGCGGGAACGCGAGAGGGAACGGGAGAACGAGCGGGAACGCGAGAGGGUCGAGAGAGCGGAGAGAGCCGAGAGGGCAGAGAGGGCUAAGAGGGCCGAGAAGGAGGCUCAGGAUCAGGCGCAGAAGAGCGCGGAACGCGUCUGACUAGUGGUAAAUAGUGAGGAGAUAUGGUUGUGACAAAGACGGUCAAUAAAGUUGCAACACGCAGUGUCUGGAAAAAUCCGGGAACGAAAAACUAGCUCAAAGCGUCAUUGCUCGAAAAAAUGGCGUCUCCCUCGAUUCGACGCCAGGAUUCCUGUCUUCGUCUGAUUGUGAGUCGUCGGCAACCGAAAGUAUGGCCGGAAUCACUGUCCUUGUAACUGUGUCGAUUAACAUGCGCUGCAAGCUGUAUGGCAUGCCUGAAAAAUUGCGAAUAUUGCUUCUCGCAGCUUGAAACUGCGGGGCUUGAUAUACGCCUACAUGUACAACUAUACAUAGGUACGUAUGGAAUACGCGACUUGGGUGCAAACGUUUGCCAAACCCGUAUGUACCUGUAUGUCCGAAUACUUGCCCUAUACCCAUAAUAAUAUACUAUAUGCGCGUUUUUAAAACCGUUUACAAAUUUUUUACACCACGAUAUACCCGCCACGGAGACGAUUAGAAUUUUGAGCGUAGUGAAAAUGGUCAAGUUAGUGUACCUUCUGCUCACGAUCAUAGCUUCUUACUAUUUGCUUACAUAUACGUUUGAGAAAUAAAUAUUAUAUUGUUCUACCGUAUGCCGUAUGCAUGGAUAUAGAUUGGACGUUGAACGUUCGUAUUGUUUUAGACGCGAAUUAUGAUCGUGGCUAUCGGCAAGGUGUCGAUCCACUUUAUUAUACAAAAUACUAUCGGUGAAUUUAUAGUAUUAUACCAAAGUAACUAUAUAUAU